AAAAAGAUGCGUACGAAAUGUGUUGUAUAAGAUAAUAUGUAAUAUAUAAUAAUAUGCAAUCGCGACUCGUUAUCCAAAAUAAUGAGAACAAUCGUUGUAUGAAAUAAAAUGCAGUGUGCAGGUGAUGGUCGUCGAAAAUGGGGCCAAUCCCCAGUCGAUAUCGACGAAAACAAUGCAAUCGGGAUAAAGUUCCCUGCGCUUAUUAUGAGUGGCCACUGGAGUCAAGAUGGUGAAGCUAAAAUGCGAAAUAUCGGCAGCACAGUUCAAAUAACACUGGAAGGCAAUAGGAGUGCAGCAACGAUUCGCGGUGGUCCGCUCGCAAACGACGUGUACGAGCUAUCGGAAGUGGUAUUUCGAUGGGGUUCGUCGAAUUGUAAAGGUGCGGAACACACGUUGAAUGGCACUUGGUUCACGAUGGAGGCGCAAGCGAUACACUUUAAUAAAAGAUACGAGACGAUCGACAAUUGUUGGGACAGACAUGACGGACUCGCGAUUUGCGCUUAUUUCCUACAGGCCUAUCAAGUUCCGACUUGGGACGAACAUCCGUUGUUCUCCAAGAUCACGGACGACUUGCAUAAAGUUACACAGCCUGAUUCGUGCACAAGGUUAUCACCGAAUUGCUUGUGCUGGAUGAGACAGGCUUGUCAAACACCCGGUUAUUACACGUACUUGGGCUCGACCACGACCUUUCCGUUUCACGAAUGCGUUACUUGGAUCGUUUUCCCAGAGCCAGUGAGGAUUUCAGAAAAUCAGACGGAACUGUUUCGUAUGAUACGCGACAAACAGGGCAUGUGUAUCAAGGAAAAUUGCCGAGAAGUACAAAAAUUAAGCGGUCGUGUAGUUUAUUAUGUCAAUUGAAAAUCGAAAAUGUUGGAUCGAUUACAACUGUUUAUCAAAUGAUUCCUCGUGUAGUAUUUUAGUGAUAUCUCAUCUGUAUAAUUCACGUAUGAUAAAUAAAAAUUUGAUGUAUAACUCGGUUGUAUCGAGAAUAUGCAACAUAA